AUGUCGAUGUUUAUGAACCCGUAUAGCUCGCAAGAGGUUGAUGAGCAACGGCUGGAGAUAGCUCAAGUCCAAUUUGAUGCAAUGACGACCUCUUUCAAUACUAUGCUGCGAGGUUGCAUGGAAAAAUGCAUCCCACACGAGUACGGUGAAGCAGACCUAAAUAAAGGCGAAAUGACCUGCGUGGACCGGUGUGUCGCCAAGAUUCACUACACAAACCGCCUCGUGGGUGGGCUGGCGCAAGCUCGUAACGUGGGACCGGAUCAUCUGCAGCACUACGAACGGUUCAAGAAGCAAUAG